AUGCAACAACGUAGCCAGCAGUGCAGAGGGGAGGGCGGCACCAGUGCGACGCCGAGCGUGAGGCGCGCCAGUAUCGCGGCGCCAUGCCGGCCGCAGCCGCAGCCUGCGCAGCGGCACACCCAGCGGGACCAGCAGCAGUUGCGGCGGCAGCGCGCCACCCCCCUGCCCGGCGCGCCGCGGCGCCGCGCGUCGGUGGCGGUCAGCGCGAUCCACAUCGACCGCAGGCAGCACCUGGAGAACUCGUGGCGGCGCCAGGCGGAGCGCGAGACGCUGCUGCAGCAGACGCCGCGGCAGGGGGAGGUCCUGGAG